CUUCCAUAACGCGGGUAAGUAAUAUCACAGUAACUGCCAUCAACUCAACUCAACUCAACUCAACUCGUCACUCUCAUCACACUCUCAUUCAUGCAAUCUCACCCACCAUGUCACGCGUCACAUCAAACCCUUCGUUUUUCCUUCUCUUCUUCUCCUUCUUCCUCCUCAUUCCUCUUCUCUCCACCGCAUUACAAGACGGCGUUGAAAUCGCUGCUGUUAAACAGCAUGAUCAGGUGCUGCCGUGGCUCCGAUCAGCGGCGGAAGACGCUGCUUCUCCGGCGGUGAAUUCCACCACUCUGGUCCUCGCUCAGGAACGAACUCGCCGCAAGGAUUUCUUUCACCAUUUUCGUCGUUACAAUGGUGGCUGGAAUAUCACCAAUAACAAUUACAUUACGUCAGUUCUUUCUACUGCGAUUCCCUUCUUGGCUGUUGCUGUGGCCUGGUUCGUGAUUUUCGGGGUUAUUCUAAGUGUUAUCUGUGCCUGUUACUUCUGUUGCCCUGGAGAGCCUAAUGGAUAUUCUAAAUUGGGCUAUGCUUCAUCCUUGAUCAUCCUCAUCCUUUGCACCGUUGCAGCAAUAGCUGGAUGCAUUGUCUUGUACAUUAGUCAGGGGAAGUUUGAUGGAACGACUUCAAACACACUGGAUUACGUUGUGAGUCAGGCGGAAUUCACCGCUGAAAACCUCAGGAAUGUGUCGAGAUAUUUUGAUUCGGCUGAGCAGAUUGUGAUUGGAGUUGGUUUGUCACCAGCUGUUGAAAAUGACAUUGAUAAUGUUAAAAAGAAAAUCAGCACUGCUACUGAUUAUCUUUCCAAGAAGACGCGAGAUAAUUCAAAGAUGUUACACCGAGCCAUAGAUGCAAUGAGAUUCGCUCUUAUUGUUGUUGCUGCUGUUAUGCUCUUCGUUGCAUUGCUUGGGUUCUUAUUUUCAAUACUUGGGUUGCGGUGUCCUGUAUACUUCUUGGUAAUUGUUGGAUGGGUUCUGGUUGCUGGCACAUUUUUACUUUGUGGUACAUUUCUUUUUCUACAUAAUGCCAUUGCAGAUACAUGUGUUGCCAUGGAUGAAUGGGUUCUGAACCCCACUGCUCACACAGCCUUGGAUGAAAUUCUUCCAUGCGUGGACAAUGCAACUGCUAUGGAGACCUUGGCACAAAGCAAGAACGUGACACAUUCCCUUGUUGAAUUAGUUGACAACUUCAUUUCUAGUGUCACAAAUGGAAACACCUUUCCUUACAAUCAAUCAGGCCCCCUCGUGCCUGCUCUCUGCAAUCCAUUUAAUAGCGACUAUACACUUCGGCAGUGUGCAGCAGGGGAACUUGCAUUGGAAAAUGCUACUGAGGUUUGGAAGAAUUAUACCUGUGAUGCAUCUUCAUCUGGAAAUUGCGUGACACAAGGUCGAAUCACCCCUUCCAUGUACUCUCAAAUGGCAGCUGCAGUGAAUGUGACAUAUGGCUUAUAUCACUAUGGCCCAUUUUUGGUUGAUUUAGAAGACUGCACUUUUGUUAGGAGAACAUUCACAGAGAUUAGCAACAACUAUUGUCCUGGUCUGCAGAGUUAUACUAAAUGGAUCUAUUGGGGAUCAGUUGCAGUGUCUGUAGCUGUAAUGUUGUCCUUGGUAUUUUGGAUCAUCCAUGAAAGGGAGCGGCGGCAUCAGAUUCACACCAAACGGGUCAUGGCCAGAUAAAUAAAUUUUGACUUCAACCACAUUUCGUAUAAAGUGAUCCUCAUGUGCAUUUGAGUUGGAUUGUAUUCAUCUUGUAUCUCUUAUUAUAGUGAUAUAGAGUAAUUUGAAUCAAUAUGGGACAAUGUAGAUGGAAUGAAUAGAAAAAGAGCUUUGGCAUGUAUUACUUACUGUGAACUUGAAAGUAUAACAAAAAUGAAAAUUACAGUUCACCCUA